AUGGCCGGCGAUUCUGAAACUCCGCUGCUACUGGAGUCGGAGACUAUAGAUGGUGUUGUCGACUUCAAGGGUCGCCCAGUCCUACGAUCAACAUCUGGUGGUUGGAAGGCUGCUUCUUUCAUUAUAAGUGUGGAAGUGGCUGAGAGGUUUGCUUACUAUGGAAUUACUUCAAACCUCAUCAAUUAUUUGACCGGACCACUCGGUCAAUCCACCGUAACCGCAGCCGAGAACGUCAACAUCUGGUCUGGAACCGCCUCCUUACUCCCUCUGCUCGGUGCUUUUCUUGCCGACUCUUUUCUUGGCCGUUACCGCACCAUCGCUAUUGCAUCCCUUAUUUAUAUUCUGGCCCUGAGCCUAUUGACGCUGUCCGCUACGCUGCCUUCUAAUGUCGACGGCCAAGCAAUUUUAUUCUUCUUUUCUCUAUAUCUUGUUGCAUUUGCACAAGGUGGACAUAAGCCUUGUGUUCAGGCAUUUGGAGCUGAUCAAUUUGAUAUCAACCAUCCACAGGAACGCAGGUCUAGAAGCUCCUUUUUCAAUUGGUGGUAUUUUACCUUUACUGCAGGUGUCUUUGUCUCUGUAUCCAUCUUGAACUAUAUUCAGGACAAUGUUGGUUGGGUUCUUGGUUUUGGCAUCCCUUGCAUUGGAAUGCUAAUAGCCUUGUCUCUUUUCUUGCUUGGAACUUGGACUUACCGCUUUAACAUCCCAGAGGAUCAACAACGGGGCCCUUUUUCCAGAAUUGGUAGGGUGUUUUUUGUUGCACUCACCAACUUCCAAACUUCUCAAGAGGAACCUCCUCCUUCUCUGCUUCAUCAACCUUCUCAACAAUUUAGUUUCUUGAAUAAAGCAUUAAUUGCAUCAGAAGGAACAAAGGAAAAGGGGAAAGCUUGUAGUGUUUCUGAGGUUGAAGAAGCCAAGGCAAUCCUCAGACUUGUUCCAAUAUGGGCUACGAGUUUAAUUUUUGCCAUUGUGUUUUCCCAAUCUUCUACCUUCUUUACGAAACAAGGUGUUACAUUGGACAGGAAAAUUUUGCCUGGUUUUUAUGUACCCCCUGCUUCUCUUCAAUCCUUUAUCAGUCUCUCUAUUGUUCUUUUUAUUCCUAUUUAUGACCGUAUUAUCGUUCCUAUAGCAAGAACCUUUACUGGCAAACCCUCUGGCAUCACUAUGCUACAGAGAAUUGGAACUGGGAUGCUUUUUUCUGUAAUUUCUAUGGUAAUUGCAGCUUUUGUGGAGAUGAAAAGACUCAAAGUGGCACGUGACCACGGGCUAAUUGAUAUGCCAGGUGUGACAAUACCUAUGAGCAUCUGGUGGUUGAUUCCUCAAUAUGUUCUGUUUGGAGUAUCUGAUGUCUUUACAAUGGUAGGUCUGCAAGAAUUUUUCUAUGACCAGGUCCCAGAUGAAUUGAGAAGUAUGGGUCUUUCUCUGUAUUUAAGUAUUUUUGGGGUUGGGAGCUUUUUGAGUAGCUUUCUCAUCUCUGCUAUUCAAAAAGGAACAAGUAAAGAUGGCGGGGAUGGCUGGUUUGCAAGUAAUCUUAAUCGUGCGCAUCUUGAUUACUUCUAUGCUCUUCUGGCUGUUCUUAGUGUGGUAGAAUUAUCCGCCUUCUUGUUUUUCUCAAAAUCUUAUGUUUAUAAGAGAUCAACGACAUAG